AUGGACUUGCCUCUCCUCAAAGAUAUCAACAAGCAAUCAUUUAGAUGGAAAGUUAUGGCCAGGAUCGCAAGAGUCUGGGAGCUCAAAAGAAAAGACACAGGAACUACCUAUGAGGUGGACUUCCUGCUGCUUGAUCGACAGGGUGGCACAAUGGAAGGUUUGAUUCCAGAGAAGAGAAUGGCCCAAUUUACGAAGCACAUCACCGAGGGAACAAUUUAUACAAUUGAGGACUUCAAUCUAUAUGAUGCCAAGAGCAAGUUUAGAUCUUCAGAUCACCCCCUCAGGGUAUGUUUCACAUUUCGCACUAAGCUUAAAAAAGUGGAGCCCCAACCCGUGAAUUUCCCAAUAUUUGCCCACAACGCCAGGCCAUUCUCUGUUCUGGAAGCACGUGCUGAUCAGAACUUCAUCUUAUCAGGUGACAAAUAA